AUGCCCGUCCACCCUUCGCUAGAAGAAUCAACCUUCGACGCGGACCUGCGCGAUCGACACUUGAUAUACGAUUACGCAGCACAGGACAGUAAGGGCAACGCAGAAAAAUGGCGAUACGAGAUGUGGUUCCAGAACGAAGAUCGCAUCAACUAUGCUAUCCACGGUGGACCGAUGGCAGGACGAAUCAACUACCAAACGGCCGAUUACCAAUGCAUUCGACCGGGAGAAUUAUGGCAAUGCAACUGGCUCGAGGAGACGGGUACCAUAUGCUCGCUUGUUUAUGAUAUCCCGCGGCGCAAGAUAACUACCUUGCUGGGGUUCUCAAAGGGUCAUUGGGAACAAGCACAAGAGGCGCAUGGCGAUAAGCGGAAUCCAAAGGAUUUGGAGCGGUGGCGUAGACUUGCUAAGCUCGGGAUCCAGACUGAUCGACAUAUGUUGAGCGAACAGGCGGAUAUUCUGGAGGAUUUCCGGGGACCGGGAGAUUUGAAGCCUGUUGACAAGAGCUGGGUGACUUUGUAA